GCAAUUAUUUCACUUCAUCCCGUAAUUGCUUUUUGGGAGGGAGAGCCUUGACCCUCUCUUUAUAUCACCCCUCCUCCUGCACAUUGCUCUCCACACACGCUACGGCUAGCUGCUGAUUGCUUUGCUAUCUCUCUCUCCUGCGCACAUCCCACAUCAACCCGCUACGCCUUGGGUCACCUCAACGCCCUCGAGGCAGGGGGGUUCACGGCGCCCGAGGAUGGACACCGCCAUAGGCGCGGCCAAGUGGGUGCUGGGCAAGGCACUGGCCCCGGUCACAGAUGGCUUGCUAGAGUCCUGGGCGGCUAGUGCCGAUCUAGAUCGCAACAUCGACGCCCUCAAGAUGGAGCUACUGUAUGCACAUGGGAUGCUCGAGAACGUGCAGGGCAGGGGCAUCCAUGGCGUCGCGCUCAAGGAGCUCCUGCGCAAGCUGCAGCAGCUCGCGUACGGGGCUGAUGAUGUGCUGGAUGAGCUGGAGUACUUCCGCAUCCAGGACUCACUUAAAGGAACCUACCAUGCCGCCGGUGUGAACGAUGUGGGUUGCAUCCAAGGCAUCCGCACCAAUAUUGAACACACGGCGAGGCAUGCCAUCAGCAAACUCAAGUGCCUCCCGUGCUUGGGUGCUGCUAGCCGUGGUGGUGACCAAGAAAUUGAUCCAGGUGAUCACCAAGAUUAUGACCUCUUAGGCAUACGCUUGCGUGGCAGGCGGGGCAUCGGCUCCUCGCCAUUGACACCCACCAACAAGGCAGGUGUCAAUAAAGUUGAUGGUGGAUGCAUGCCCAGGGUCAUCUCAAGUGCUCGCAACGCUGCCCACACUUUCGGUUUCCCUUUUUCUCUUCUUGAUUGGUGGUACAUCAUCAGCCUCGUAGAAGUCUCUCUGUUUGCAAAGUGUAGUUCGUUCUCAGGCACUCAUCAGUUUUUGCCAGUGCAAGCACCAAUGUAUCAUCAUUCAUCCAUCAUGUGCGAUUUUAUCUUCUUUGCAGUGCAGCAAGUUUCAGAGACAAUUCCAGUAAAGUCAAAUCUGACAAAACCAAGGACGUGGCACAGAUCUCAACAAGCUAAAUUCUGGACGCGUGGUGGAGAUAAGAGGGUGCCUAUGCACCCGGGUUCUAAAAAGCCACUCCCCGUCCACAAUGCUGAUCACUUGACCAUUUCCCCCUGCCACACGAGCUGUGAGGAGGGCAAUAUGUCGAGGGAGGAGGGCAAGAUGUCGAGGGCGAUGAAAACCUACUCUCUGAGAAUCUCCUCCGCCUCCUCCAGCAGCCGUCCUCACUCCCCCGUGCCUCCCUCAUCUGCAAGCGCCAACAUCGCAUCAAUUUCAGAAUUUUCAGUCCGCCUCAUGGACGGUCCUCCCACGCCCGAUGGCCAUGAGGUGCACACGGUGCAUUGGGCCAUGCCUUCUUUGCACCGGUGCUUGUCAAAUAUAGGUGGAAAACUUGACAUGGAGGAGCCACAGAGGUUUGCAGAAUAUGUUUCUAGGUUGGUCCUUGAGAGGGAGACUGAAGCAAACUGCAACAUGUUUCAGGCGAAUGGUGUUGUGAAGAAACUGGAGAAGGACGAGUCGCUGGACUGGGACAAGUACAUCAAGGAGAACAACAAAAUGCUUAGAGUGUUGAUUAUAAGUUCACUGAUUUUGCGCCCGGCCAAAUUUGGAGGAUCAUGA